GUUAGAAAGAGGUGGGAGCUCUGAGUUGUACCCAGCCCAAAGUGACUCUCAGAACAGCCAAGGAAGGAGAAAGUGGAACAAGAAUGGCAGAAAAUGUUGUUUAUGUUAACUGGAACUUGCCUGAACCAAGUAGACCCAGAAUCCUGACAGUCCCUGAUGGCCAAGGUAAAAGCUGUUGUUCCAGAAAACGUGUUGCUGUAUUGGCAGUGAUAAUCCUUGUACUGGUGCUGGCAGUGUAUUUAAUAAUCACAUAUGGUCCAACUGCAGGCAGCCAAAAUGGCUCAACAGCUGUGACCUCUUCCAGUCAAAAUGACUCCAACCCAUUGUCCCCACCCAACCAAGAGGACUCAAGAACAUUGUCACCAACCAAACUGAAUGACUCAACACCAUUGUCCCCCACCAGCCAACAGGACUCAACAAAGUUACCCCCCAGCCAUGGAAAGACACCAGGCUGUCCAUCAGAAUGGAAAAAACAUGAGAGAAAAUGCUACUUCUUUUCUCCAGAGAGGAAAAAGAAGAGCUGGAAAUCCUCCCGUGCAGAAUGCACUGCCAUGGGCUCAGACCUGGUGAUCAUUGAGAGCAGGGAAGAGCUGACUUACCUUCUCUCACAAUCAGGAGGUUCAUACUACUUGCUUGGUCUCAGAUACUCUCCAGAGGAGCAGAAGUGGAAGUGGAUCAACAAUGUGGAACAUGACCCAGCCAUGUUCAGUGUAAUGGGAAAUUAUAGUGACUAUCACUGCACGACCAUUGGACAUGGUGAAAUCGAAACUGCACCUUGCAGUGGGACCAGAACAACACAAAACAUGUGUGAAAAAUCUGCAACAAUAUCAAGAAGGCAUCAGGAGAGCUAAAAGCAAGAGCUCCAGGCUGAGAUGUUAUCCCAGCUUCCUGUAGCAAACGUGGAUGGGAUGUGUCUCAUUUGUCUCUAGCUGCCCAGUCUCUGCUCCCAGGCUCUCCUGCAGCCCCUCCAGACUCAUGGCCCAGCUGAGCCCAGCCUUUCCCUGCUGCUGUCUGAGCCUGGCUGGAUCCCUCUGGAAGAGCUGCCUCUGGCACACAGGAGGAGUCUGGCACUGUCUCAUGCCAGGGCUGGCACUCUCAGGCAGGCAGUGCCAGGGGAGAGGAGUCCAGGCUGGGGCCAGGCUGAUCCCAAACAGAUGCUGACUCUGCAGCUCCCAUCCAUGCACAGCCCUGUGCUCCCAGCCCUGCCUGUGCCCAAGGAGACCCUUCCCCAGCUGGCCACAGCCUGGCCUUGCCUGCAGCCACAAGGGAAGGGCAGCACAGAUUUCUGCUUGGGAUCUGCUGGGGAAGGGCAACCCCAGUCCUUGGCAGGAUGGACAGGAAAAAGUCAGGUGUGGGUGUGGAUAAACCUUCCCCUGUCCCAGAGUGUUCCAUGAGCACAGGGGAUCCCAGAGCCUUUGAGGGAAACGGGAAUCAGCCCAGGGCAAAGGAUCCUACAGCAGCACAGCUCUGGGCAUAAAAUCAGCCCCAGACCUCUGUGGGGAAGGGAAGGAGUGUCAGAUUUAGGAUGUGCUGGGAAAGGGCACAGGAUGGAGAGCAGCAGAGACCAGCAAGGGCUGAAGAACAGAGUCCCAAGAGAAGCUGAGCUGGACAGAAAACAGAACAAUGAAAGCCCCAGUGAGCUGUGAAGGAGCUGGUGAGAAAUAUGAGAGUGACCCACAGGAAAUGGCAACACUGUGCUCUGCUCUCUUUUCCUUGGAGAUUGGGCACAGGAGGAAAUGAUGCCUGAGAGCUUUUCCUGCUCAGAAAAAUUCAAGCCAACAGCAGAAACAGGUAGCACCAGGAAAACUGAGCUGUGAUCAGGAAAGAGGGAAUGUCACCAAAGCUCUCCCCAUGUGCUUCAGUGUCUCUUGGAACCCUGGCCCUUGUGUGUCUCGAAGAAUUAUCCUUUUACUGUGUUUUUUGAGGCAGAAUCAUUCCUCCUUUACUGGUGCCUUUCAUGGCUCUCUCCAUCAGCUGCAGUAUGGAGAAAGCUCUUUGAAGUCCCUACCAAGGGCAGAAGUUUGAUUGAAAGUGCUUGGUUUACUCUGCUUCUAUGUUGCUCUUCUUCACAGUUCCCUCAUCUGGUGAUCUCAGUUUUACAAUAAAUUUAGCCUUUACAGCUUGUGA